AGAAUCGUACACACGCGCGCGGUCGCGCGCUCGCGGACACUCGGCACGCAUACAUGCACGCCGGGCGCGCACGCAUACCACAGGACUGCCGAAAAAACUGCACGGGAGAGGCGCAGCAACGGGCAAACCGAACCGCGCGCGAAUCAAGUGCUUUGGCCAGUCGCGUUCCCAAUCACUCUACGACUAGGUAGUCCCCCGGUGUGUGUCCCAAAAGAAGCGGCGAGGAGCAGCUGGGUCCUUCGGUCCUCGACGCGGUCGGCGCGCAAGAUAAUACACGCAGGACAUUCUAAACGCGCGGACGCAUCCGUCGUCGUCGUCGUCGUCGUCGUCGUCGUCGCCGUCGUCGCUCGCUCGCUUGCUCGCUCGCUCUCUCACGAUCCUUACGGCGGGUGUUACGCGCGUAAGGUGGACAAUAUUUCGUCACCUCCUCGCUCGGUUCCGAGUCCUACCGCAAUUUCUCUCCUCUCGUUCUUUCUUUUAUUUUUCUUUCGUUCCUCCUUUCGUUUUAUUUUACUUCCCUUUUCAUUUUUUAUCCUUUGGCCCGGCGUCCUUAUCUCUCGACCCGAUUCCCGCACGCGAGAAGACACGUAGCCACCGGACGUGGCUCGCAUCCGCGGUUUCGCGCGGCAUGGUAACCCGGUGGCACGUUGCAUCGUCGGCAGGAAGGAGUGUGUAAUUCUUCUGUUAUAACGGAGAGGACGACCUCGCGUCAAGGACAAGGCGGAAAAGCAGUGCGCGUCCAUGCGUGUACCUACGGGAUCGCGAGUACGCGUUACGGUGAUCCAGUUACGCGGGUUCCACGCGAGAAGAAGAGGGAAAGGGAGACUCCUCGAAGAAGAGAAGCAGCGAUUCUCGGGCAAGGUGCGAGUGAGAGAGAUGCCACGCUGCGCUAAUACCCUCCGUUAAAUCGCGUCCGACGUUCCUCGACGAUCAACGAUCUCGAAAAAAAACAAACGAAGAAGCCAUCGAGAAGACGAAUUUGCGGCGAAAGAGGCCCGCGAAGAGCGUCUCGUCGGAGCGAGAAAGUGUCGUCGCGUCGAUUCCAAUGACGAGUCGAAGAGGAGGAAUGAGAAGGAGUUGCAGCGCGAGAAAGAUCUAAUCAUUUUUUUUUUCCUUUCGUUUCCCAUACGGUGUCCGUACGAAAUCUACGAGUGAGACGACGCGAAAAUCUGGAGAAACGGGUCCGCCUGUCAUCGAGGCUCGCUUGGCGAACGAUACAACUGUCGUUACGCGACCGUUUCGUUUCUUCGUGAGGAUUUCUCGGCCGAUUUCCGUCGCCGGAAGAGAAUCGUUACGGUACGGUUGAAAUCGGGCGACAGAGACGCGUGCGAUAGUCCGACUUGAAGAGGAAAAAAAGAGAAAAGAAAAACAGAAAGGAGCGAACGCGACACAGGCGCUCUCUCCCUCCUUUGCGACAAGUUUGGCACGGGCAGAAGAAAGAGCGGAAGUCGGAGCAAAGGUUCGACGUGAUCAUCAUCAUCGUCGUCGUCGUCGUCGUCGUCGUCGUCGUCGUCGUCGUCGUCGUCGUCGUCGCAUCGGAAUAGUAGAACCACGGGGGCCUAGCAUCAACGGACAAGGACGCCGAGCAAAGGAGGUCCACACUUCACUUUUCGCUCGACGAUCAAGACGAAACGGCGAUAACGAGGGCACCGCCGGGCUUCGGUCGAGGCUUUGGUACCGCGCGUCGUCGGCGAACGAUGAUAUUUAACGUGACACGUGCCGCACAGUGACAGCCGGCGCGGAGGAAAAGGAUCGGAAGCGAGAGGAGACCGCCAAGACCGCAGACGGAACCCGAUGGUCGGAGGAUGGUGGUGGUGGUUAUAGUGGUUUGAAAAUCGUCGAAACGACACCGGGAAGGGGCGACGCACGUGAGAGCGACUUUCUCCCCACCCCCCCGUCUCUCUCUUCCUCUCUCCGACGCCACAAGGUGAAUAGACACAACGAUGGUAGAUACACAACAUUUCUGUCUGCGAUGGAACAAUUACCAGAGCAGCAUAACCUCGGCGUUUGAAAAUCUGCGGGACGAUGAGGACUUUGUGGACGUGACGCUGGCCUGCGACGGCAAAAGCCUGAAAGCCCAUCGCGUCGUUCUCUCCGCCUGUAGCCCGUAUUUUAGAGAAUUGCUCAAGAGCACGCCGUGCAAGCACCCGGUGAUAGUGCUCCAGGAUGUGGCGUUCAGCGACUUACAUGCCUUAGUGGAGUUUAUUUAUCACGGCGAGGUGAACGUGCAUCAGCGGUCUCUCAGUAGUUUCCUAAAGACCGCGGAGGUCCUCAGGGUAUCGGGCCUCACGCAACAGGCCGACCAAACCGACAGAGACGAGCUGUCGCAUGUUCGCGCCCUGGCGGGCGGCGGCAAUCACCUGCCGUUCCACGACAAGACGGAGGAGAUCGCCUUCCCUCGUGGCGGCUCGCCGCCCACCCCCGUGACCCCGACGCCGACCACGGUGCAACAGUUGCUGCGUCGCGCCCAGAUACGUCGCAACGAGAGACGCACCCCGGAUCCGCACGAUGAGACGGCCAAGAGACCGCGGGUGCCGUCGCCGCCGCUCAACAACAACGACGCCACGCCCACGGACUUUUCGAUGGUCAAGAGCAAUCACCUGUCGACCAAGGUGGAGGGCAACGGGGUGCACGACGAGAACAGCCUGGUCGAGGACAAUAUAAAGUGCGAGCCGUUGGAGCUGACCGGCGGCAACGGCGGCGCCAACGCCGGCAACAACGAGGACUCGUCCGAUUCCGGGGCCGCGGCCUCGGAUCGACCGCCCGCGUCCGCGAGCAGCAACGAGCACGAGCCGGAACCGGAACACACGUCCGGGGCGCAGAACUAUCUGCCGGAGAGCAAGCUCUUCACGUCGACCCCCGGCAGCUUCAACUUUAGCAUGGCGGCGCUCACCACCGAUCACACACCAUUGUCAGUGAAAUUUCCAGGAUUGGGCCACGGCUUGCAAACACCGGACCUGGCGGGUACUUCGCAAGACCGGGAGGUCGCCGAGGAGGACGGGGGUUGGCAGUCCGCUAUCAACAUCGAGUACCAACGGCAAAUACAGCGAUCGAACCAAAGCGAUACGAACGCAGAUCGCUGCGACGAGAAGGCGCAUCAGCAGCAAGAGCUGCCGAUAAUUGAUCUCUUAGACAACAUUAAAGAUCAGAUGGAGGUCGUGAAAUCGGAACCCGUCUCGCCCAAGAUGGACGAAUUCGAGUCUUGCCUCAUGUCGAAUCGCAAGAUCGAGACUCAUACGGAUCGAGAUCGCGACUGUCGUCGAGAGAAGCAACAACAGCAGUCGUCCGGAAGAUCCUCCAAUUAUGGCACGGAAUUACGAUGGCUACGACCGCGAAACGGUUUCUCGCCAAUCAAGCAUCAGGACACGUCGCGCGUGUACAAGGAAGAGACUAAACACUCGAACCGCACCUACUGCAACUUGUGCCAAAAGACCUUUUCUCGCGCGUGGUCUCUGCAAAGGCACUUGGCAGACACGCACUUUUACGUGCCGCAGUCUCUAGCCUGCGAUCAGUGCGGCAGAUGUUAUAAAUCGAGAAACAGCCUGGUUAGCCACAAGAGCCAGUAUCACGCUCGAAAACCGUAAAUACCAAGGCUCAAUGCGAAGUUGUGCGUUCAAUGUACUGAACGGUGCUACCGAUCUAGAAUGAGUCUCCGUAUGCAUAUCACACAAGACAAACAUAAGACAGACUAAACUUAUAAUAUGACGCAGAAUGUAUGCGACUAUCGGAGGGAAGGGAGGGUGAUUUUACAGUCCCCGGCUUGUCGGACGUAUGCAACCGCGUCGUAUAAAUGUGUUCUACUAAUUAGUGUGUUAUAAUUUACAUUCUCUCUAUACCGCUCAUGUAUUGUAAUUAUAUCUCAACAGUAUUGUGCAGCGAGAUUUAUUACUAGUCGUUCAUUUCCCCUCUGGCGAGAGAUUACCUCACUCGAGACCAAAGAAAUCAUCGGUGUUAAUUCCUCGACAUUUAUAAUAAGUCGUCAGUCAUUUCGUGAAUACGAUAUAAAGCACCAUAUAUUUAUAGCAUAGCUGUCGAGAUUCUACAGAAUGUAUUUUUUUUUAGACGGGACUUGAAAAAAAGCACGCGUGUAAUUUUGUAGAACUCAAAUUUCAAUAUAACAUGCAAAUACAAUCUCUUAUGCUUAUUCAUGGCAAUAAAAAUAAUCAGAUACAUCAGAUAUAUUUUGCGUUCAUAACAGCAAAAUUUGAUCUGAUCCAAAUUACGCCAAGCUCUUUAUUUGGAUUUUUAUCCAUUUUGUUAUGUCGCAUUAUUGAAUUCGUAUUCGAGACAAAAAUAAUUUUUUGU